UUCGCCGACGAGACUCUCCGCCCGUUGUUUUUUUUUACCGGGGCACACAGAACGGCUUCGGGAAAACGGGUUCAUCGCCGUCUCUCCGUCUAGGUUCCUCUUGUCAGCUGCCGAGUAAACCAACCGCUUCAGGGAUCGCCUCGCCCUCUCGUCGGCGUCAAUCACGCCUCCGCCCGCUUCUUCUCCCGUUAAACCCCUCUCCACUACUGACUAGGGUUUGCCUUUCGUUCAUUUUUUUUUCUUUCUUUUGUAAUUUGUUGACGUACAUAGGGAUUCUUUGAUCUGUUCUUUCCGGCGAUGGAGUCGGCGGCUAAGCCGAGCUCGGUGCAGAAUCUUCUCCUCCGCGCUCUCCUCUUUGUCGUCUCCAUACUCCUCUUGCGGUUCGUCUACGUGGUCACCCUCCGCGGAGGCUCCUGCGGUGGUGGCGAUUACUGUUUUUUCACCAAUCUUGCUGAAGUUGCGACGCCCGCUUCCUCUGCUGCAACUGCCUCCAAUCCCUCGUAUCGCGCUCUCUGGACUACCCUAGAAUGGAGGAAGGCCGUCGGAUACUACUCCUCCGUGUUCCAGGAUCUCAUCGCUGAGGGAUUCCUCUCCUCGGAAUCGGAAUCCCUCUGCGUGGAUACUGCCGCAGGUUACGAGGUCCUUGCCCUUAAGGAGAUCGGAGUCCCCGACGCCGUUGGCGUUGCGAAGAAGAGUGCGCCACCAUUGGUGGUGGGUGGUGGCGAGCCUCUCCGACUUCCUUUCAAGAACGGAAGCUUUGACUUCGUUUACGCUGGCCAAAGUCUCGACCGGAGUAAACAGCCUGCAUAUCUAGCGGCGGAGAUUACAAGGACGCUGAGACCACAUUGGUUCCUCGCGGUGCUCACCACCUCCGCUCGUGAUGCCUACAGCCUUAACUCGCUUACUGAGCUCUUUCCGGGCUGCAUUAUUGUGUUGUCUCGCGAAAUCAAUGGCAUGAAUUCACCAGAGCCUCUCCAAGAGAUUGUAUUUCAGAAGCUAGAAAGUGCAGAGAUUGUUAGGCCUAAAAAGGGUUCUAGUAAUCAUUGCCCUCUGCCUGAGCACAAACUCCAAAUUCUACGAUCUGCAGAGCCUCUCAUCAAGAAAGAGCCACUUAAGCCAUGGAUUUCCCUCAAGAGGAAUAUCCAAAACGUCAAAUACCUACCUUCAAUUGCUGAUAUAAACUUCAAGCAGAGAUAUGUCUAUGUUGAUGUUGGAGCACGGAGCUAUGGGUCAAGCAUUGGCAGCUGGUUCAGGAAACAGUACCCAAAGCAGAAUCAUACCUUUGAUAUUUAUGCAAUUGAAGCAGAUAGGGCAUUUCAUGGUGAGUACAGGACCAAGAAAGGAGUCAAUUUGUUGCCUUUUGCAGCAUGGGUGCGUACGAGACACUAACUUUUGAUCAACGAGACACUAACUUUUGAGAUCAAUCAUGAUCCUGAUAACCAUGAUGUGGAGAAAGGCCAAGGAAUGGGCCGGAUCAGGCCAAUUGGGGACUCCAAUGACAAAGUUUUAUCAGGCAAUGUGCAUGCCAUUCAGGGGUUUGAUUUUACUGCAUGGCUUAAGCAGACAGUGACUGAGAAGGACUAUGUAGUGAUGAAGAUGGAUGUUGAGGGAACUGAGUUUGAUCUUGUUCCACGGCUCCUCAAGACAGGGACAAUUUGCUUGAUUGAUGAGCUUUUUCUCGAGUGCCAUUAUAACCGAUGGCAGAAGUGCUGCCCUGGACAAAGGAGUCCCAAAUACAAGUACACAUAUGGGGACUGUCUAAAAUUGUUCACUUCACUUAGGAAUAGUGGUGUUCUUGUUCACCAGUGGUGGUAAUACAUAAACAAAUUUUUAUGAUUGGAUAGGAUAAUAGCAAUAAAAUGUGUAGCUAUGAGCAAUUAUAGUUGAUUUUGCCAUUUUGUAUA